UGGAGAGCAUGGAGGUUGUACAGUAAGCCAUUUGCCAGUGCUGAAAGAAUGUUUUAGGUGGGUCAAACCCUUUUUAUUCUCAAGUGGUCAACGGGCAACGUGUUAAAGUUGGAUCUUGGUUUUGGAUUCCUGUAUUUAUUGGCAAGAAUGAAUACUGCAUUUUCCAUUUUUCAUCUAGCUAUUCUAGCAGGUGCUGCUUGGGCCUCCUCCGAUGAAACGCGUCUUGUCAAAACAAUUUUCACUGGCUACAAUAAAGUUGUCCGUCCUGUCAAUCACUUCAAGGACCCGGUGGUUGUUACUGUAGGCCUUCAGCUCAUCCAGCUCAUCAGUGUGGAUGAGGUCAACCAGAUUGUCAGCAGCAAUGUUCGACUGAAACAGCAAUGGAAAGAUGUGAACUUGCAGUGGAACCCAGAGGAUUACGGUGGUAUCAAAAAGAUCAGAGUUCCCUCCACUGACAUUUGGCGGCCUGAUCUGGUUCUCUACAACAAUGCUGACGGUGACUUUGCCAUCGUUCAUGAGACCAAAGUGCUGCUGGAGCACACAGGAAUGAUCACAUGGAACCCACCUGCCAUCUUUAAGAGCUACUGUGAAAUUAUUGUGCUGCAUUUCCCCUUUGACCUUCAGAACUGCAGUAUGAAGCUGGGUACCUGGACCUACGAUGGAAACUUGGUCGUCGUCAAUCCUGACAGUGACCGCCCUGAUCUGAGUAACUUUAUGGAAAGUGGGGAGUGGGUGAUGAAGGAUUUCCGAGGCUGGAAGCACUGGGUGUACUACUCUUGCUGCCCGGACACACCUUACCUGGACAUCACCUACCACUUCCUCAUGUUACGGCUCCCACUGUACUUCAUAGUCAAUGUCAUCAUCCCCUGCAUGCUCUUCUCCUUCCUGACUGGCCUUGUCUUCUACCUUCCCACAGACUCGGGUGAGAAGAUGACUCUCAGCAUCUCUGUCUUGCUGUCUCUGACUGUGUUCCUUCUGGUCAUUGUGGAGCUGAUCCCCUCUACCUCCAGCGCUGUACCACUCAUUGGGAAGUACAUGCUCUUCACCAUGGUCUUCGUCAUUGCCUCCAUCAUCAUCACUGUCAUCGUCAUCAACACCCACCACCGCUCCCCAAGCACUCACACAAUGCCGGACUGGGUCCGCAAGGUCUUUAUUGAAACCAUUCCCAACAUCAUGUUCUUUUCAACAAUGAAGCGUCCAGGAAAGGAAAAGCAGAAUAAAACCAUCUAUGGUGCUGAUUUUGACAUCUCAGACAUCUCUGGCAACCAGACCACUUCUGUUCACUAUAAGUCGCCCAUCACCAAGAACCCUGACGUCCGCAGUGCUAUUGAGGGAGUCAAGUACAUUGCAGAAACCAUGAAAUCAGACGAGGAAUCCAACAAUGCUGCUGAAGAGUGGAAGUUUGUGGCCAUGGUGUUGGAUCAUAUUCUACUGUGUGUGUUCAUGGCUGUGUGUCUUAUCGGCACAUUAGGUGUGUUUGCAGGCCGCCUCAUUGAGCUGAGCAUGCUCUGAAGGACUGUGCCUUGUACUUUACUGGUUUAACUUCUCAAAUGACUAGUUUGUUGUCUCUACUGCAUGUGGAAGUCUGUGUGUUUGCUUUUUGGUGUCUGAUCAAUGGUCCUAUAUGUGUAUGAUACACAGUCAUGUUGUGUAAAGUGUCAUAUUGUAUGCCAUUUAUUGAACUACUGAAUCAAUUCAAAAGGAAUCAAAUAUUUUGGAAUAUUGUACUAUUGUUUUCUGUGACAUGUUUAUAGGAACCAACUGAA